UGCUGAAGUCCGGACAGUCGCUCUGUAUUUUGCCUUUUAUUUUAAGCUCCAAGAUACCUUACAAUUUGGACAUUGACCUGCAUGUAAACAACGAAGUACGAUUCGAUGGGGAAUUGAUCAAUUGUUGAUUUCGGGGACAGUGCUUGGCUAGACUUAUACCCUGGAUAUCCAGAUAUAGACGUGAUAGUAUAUUGCUGCUGAAUCAUGCUUAGAAAAAUGGCGUCCAGUUCUAUAGGAAGACUGCAGACCGUCGUUGGCCAUUUCAAACUUGGGCAGCAGACGUCGACCAGCGGAAAGCUCGUCGCAAGGCCCGCCGCAGCUAUGGCGUCGCGCAACCAGUCAACGAUACCCCUGGUUACAGCAGAUGAUUGGUGGGGAAAGUGCACGAAAGUCGACGUUUUAGGGGAAAAGAUGUCAUAUUAUGAUUCGGAUCCCCAAAAUAGCAACAACAAGCAUGCAGUAGUCUUCCUUCAUGGCAACCCGACGUCUUCAUAUUUGUGGAGGAAUGUUAUUCCUCGCGUGGAACCCAUCGCUCGAUGUCUUGCUCCAGAUCUUAUUGGUCAGGGACGCUCCAACAAGCUCACUAACCAUUCUUAUCGUUUUGUUGAUCACUACCGUUAUCUAUCUGCUUGGUUUGAUUCUGUCAACUUACCAGAAAAGGUUAGCAUAGUAUGUCAUGACUGGGGCUCUGGACUAGGAUUCCAUUGGUGUAACGAACACAGAGAAAAAGUUGAAGGUCUAGUCCAUAUGGAGAGCGUGGUGGGCCCUGUCCCGGGAUGGGAUCGAUUCCCAGAUAUGGCCCGAGACUUCUUCCAGGCUCUGCGCUCAGAGGCUGGCGAGGACUUGGUGCUGCAAAAGAACUACUUUGUGGAGCUUCUCCUGCCCAGGGCUAUCAUGCGCGAGCUACGUCCCGAGGAGAUGGAUGCAUACCGCGAGCCGUUCAAGAACCCUGGUGAAGAUCGGCGCCCCACCCUCACCUGGCCACGACAGAUUCCAAUCAUUGGCGAUGGCCCGGAUGAUGUGAUUGACAUAGCUAAAGCGUACAACUCCUGGCUCAGGGAGUCUGCCGAUUUGCCCAAGCUCUUCAUCAGUGCAGUUCCAGGAUUCUUUAGCGAAGGGAUCAAGAAGGGAACUGCUAAAUGGCCAAACCAAAAGACUGUUGAAGCUGAGGGUUUGCAUUUCCUACAAGAGGAUUCACCUAUCCAGAUCGGAGAUCAUGUCAAAGAUUUCUUGUCUAGUAUUUAUAAGUGAAACUCCAUUCUUGGAAUUUCUAAAUUCUACAACUCUCUUUAAAAUAUCAAUUGCCUGUAUUCUGACUUUGCUUUAUGGUAUAAACCUUUAUACAAUUAUGGAUCAUACAUGUACCAUGAGAAAUCGGCUAUUAUUUAUUCAUAUACUGUUUAGAAAUUCAAACUUUUAUUUCCAUGAUUCAAUCAUCUUGAUUUGUUUCAGAUUACCUUCAAGUCCAUGUGUAUAAACUUGGAGACUGAUACAUCUCCUAUAAUUAGCAUAUGGUUCACCUUCCUUAGGAAACCAAGCACUGCAGAUACAAGAAACCUGUACAUGCUCAGCUGUGCAUGAAUACAUACUUUUUUUUUUAUCCAUUUUGCCUAAGGGGCCUAAGCUUUCGAUCCUAGCAGAAUCUUCUUCCGAGUCAAAAUGACCAAUGAAAUAUAUGUACUUGUGAAUGUUAGUCUUACUAUUCAUCUAGUAAGAUUCUAAUAUAUAAGACUUAGAGAUAUUUUUUUUCUGUCAUCAUCAUGUUAAAAUAUUAAAUCAUUUGAGUAUUUUUUUUUAUAAAUGUGCAUAUUAUUGAUUGCUCAUUCACCAUUCCUUUUAGUUUGGAAAGUCAGAACCGAGGAAUCUGUGUAGAAGGUUGUAAAUCCUACUCUCAGGGCAAGAUGACCAAUACUUCCAGAAACACUUUUCAGUUGAAAAAAAAAAAAGUAUACAAGCUGAAAAAAUCCUCCCAAAUGAGAGGGAAUACAUAUUUUCACUCUCUCUGUUUUUAUAUGCAUGCGCUAUUUGUAAUUUUGGCAAAAUAAUAAGUUACUUAUAUCUUUUUUCUUCUUAAAAACAAACUUAGCUUCAAGCAGGAUAUUUUCUUGUGUUCCAAAUAAUUCUGAAACAUUUCGUUCUGAAGAAAAAAAAGUUAACUUGUAUCUAUUUUGUCCUAUUCUAGUAUUUUUAAAUAGAAAAUAUGGAUCAGUUGAAUCAGAUUGCCAUUAAAAUGCCUUUUUAAUAAAUGUGAUUAUGUAAAUGUAAUAAUUAUGAUUCACCUGUAUUUUUUGUUUUCUGUUUCACUUCAUUUUUUUUAGAUCGAUAAUAUGGUAUCCCCCCCCCCCCUUUUUUAAAAUAGAAAGCCCAUCAGCCUUUAUCAAAGAAAUACACACACCCAAAUUAGCCAUGUUGUGUUAUUGAUAAACAGUUAAAUAAUUAUUGAACAAAGUUUGUUGAGAAACACAUAGGUUAUCAGCUCCCAGCUCUUGACCUUUACCUUUGAAAAUAAACACUUCAAAUUUGUAUUAAGUUGGUACGCCAAUGAUUACUUAUCUUUUAAUUCAUUGUUAGACACAGGAAAGGAUUUUAUUUUGAAAUAUAUCAUAACGAUAUAAUUAUUCAAAACCGAAGAAUAUUUGCCAAUUAGUGUCCAUUAUUGAAUUUUAUACAUGUACCUUCUAGCUUCUCAGCUAUUUUAUUCUUGCUUAAUAUUUUCCCCACUUCUCAAAUGCAUAAGGGCGUA